CCACCUAUAAAUUCCCAAAGUUCAAAAUGAAAAUUUCAAAAACAACCACUCCGCCAAAAUAACACAAUCCACUUUCCCCCCUUCUCUCUCUCUCCACAUGCCGGUGCAAAACGCCACCGUUGCGUAGAAUGGAGAAGGGGCUGAUAUCGGUGGACCGGUGGACGAGCCAGAGCCAGGCCUACUUCUUGACACACCUGCACUCGGACCACACCCAGGGUCUGUCGCCCACCUGGGCCAAGGGUCCACUCUUCUGCUCCCGCCUCACCGCCAACCUCUUCCCCUCCAAAUUCCCCAAUUUCAACCUCUCUUUGCUCCGCAUCCUCGAUCCCUUCGGCGCGUGGCACUCCCUUUCCCUUCUCUCUCCCUCUUCCACAUUACAGUCCCGCAUCACCGUCGAGGUCAUGGCCAUCGACGCUCAUCAUUGUCCCGGCGCAGUCAUGUUUUUGUUCCGUGGAGAGUUUGGCUGUUUGCUUUUCACUGGUGAUUUCCGUUGGGAAACAGCUAGUAAGAGGGCAAAGGUAGGAAGGACCAUGCUCCUUGAUGCUCUCAAGGAUGAUGUAGUCGACAUCCUUUACUUGGAUAACACAUACUGCAAUCCAUCAUACAUUUUUCCUUCUCGACAAGCUGCAGCUCAGCAGGUUGUCGAUAUCAUUGUCUCCCAUCCUGAACAUGAUAUCAUUAUUGCGAUUGACACUUUGGGGAAAGAAGAUCUUUUGCUUCACAUUUCACGCACGCUUAAAAUAAAGAUUUGGGUGUGGCCGGAACGCUUGCGAACUAUGCACCUUCUUGGGUUCCAUGACAUAUUUACAACCAAGACCUCUCUUACAAGAGUGCGAGCUGUUCCUCGUUACAGUUUUAACAUUGAAACUCUAGAGGGACUAAAUACAAUGCGCCCAACUAUCGGCAUCAUGCCAUCUGGUCUUCCAUGGGUGACAAAAUCUCUUGAAAGAGGUGACAAACUUUUUGGUUCUCUUUUAACUUCUCAUUACAACAAAAAUAAGUGGAGUGGAAACAGUGGGAACCAUAAUGAUAACCCAAAUGCAAAUUCAGGUUCUGUGGAAAGGUUUCAUAAGUACAUCUAUACUGUUCCAUACUCUGAUCAUUCGUGCUUUUCAGAGAUAGAGGAUUUUAUAAAACUUGUCCAGCCAACCAGCAUGAAAGGCAUUGUCUCUUCAUCAUCUUGCUAUGUUGAUCCUCUGUACUAUUUUGGAUGCCUUUGUGGAGCGAACCAACCAGUUCAAAGAUCACUUCACAAACACAAGAGAAAGGAGAGAGAUGAAAGAGUUCCAGCUGUCUGUCUUAGAACUGCCUUUAGCAGUGGUGGUGCUUCUGCUGAGUCAGAGAGGACAAGAGAAAGGACAGUGAUGGUGAAACAUUCAGGUAUUCAUGUGAGCAGGAUAAGUGCAUUGAGACGAAUACAGCGUGGUGCAAAGAUUAUGGAAGAUGACUGUCUGAAUUGAUUAGCAUUCAUUGUCGGCAGUAUAAAGGUAUGACUGAUGUUGCGUGUAAAAUUUAGAUUUGAGUAUCCAAUUGUAAAGUUUGAAACUGCCGCGACAUAUAGGUGUAAAGAAGGAUCUUUUUAUUCCUUUUCUCCCACAUAUAUCCGAGAGUUAUAAUUUGCAUUACAGAAUGGAAUUCAGGAUGAAUUGCUGCAAACAGGAAGAUCGAAGGUAGGUUUUUGGUUUUCUCUGGGAUAUGAGUACAUGUUCUUUACCUGCUUAUAUAUGGUAGAGAAGCCGUGUUGAAAAAUCAACAAGCACAUUGUGUUAAAAUAUUUUUUCUUGCUUUUAGUCUUUCAAGCACCUCUAAGUUGUUGAGAAGAAAAGAAUCCACUAUUACAUGGCCAUUGCAAUUCUGUUCAAAUAAAUUGUUCCGAGGAUAUGCAUUACAG